AUGCUCCCGGAUAUCUUCAACGUGAUCAACAAAGCUCGCUUCAGUGGAAUCAACAAUGUUCCGAAAGUGGUUCCCACUCUGUACCAGCGGAGUGUGAAAGUUUUCGUCAGCGAAUUGAACCGCAUUGGAAAGCCUGGCGAGAAAAUCGCCGAGCUGCAUGACCUCCCUGCCGUGGCAUUGAGCAGUAUUCUGCAAGAAAUGUCCCUCUAUCCUUCAUUGAGACGGUCGCUGCACCAGGAGCUAUCGGAUCCGGUUCUGUUCAUGCGGAUGUUCUCUCAUGGAGUCACGGAUAGGCUGGUGUUGGAAAACUGCUUACGAAAAGCGAGUCUAAUCGGGAAGCCGGUUUUGCCAGAUCUGGCGACGAACUACUGCCGAAUGGUGAACGGUCAGGAUUUGGACGAGAAUUCGCCGCGAUUCGAGAGAAGAAUCAUGGAAGCGAUGAAGCUUGGUAAUUAUCUGCACGAAGCUGGAUGGUGUCAACAAAGCAUGGAGGUUUUCAACAUAACAUUACGAUUGAUCUCACAUGUGAAGGAUGUCCGUUUACACAAAAUGUUGGUACUUGAUUGUACGCAGAAAUUGCUGCGAUCGGAAGGAAGUGCUUUGCUCACGGCAGAAGCUGAUGAAACAUGCCAGAGCUUGCUCUCGAUGACCGAAGACGAUACUGACAGCGAAAUCCUCCUCAAGAUUUAUCUGGAAGUGGCCAAUCACCAUUUCAAGGCCCGUCGAGUCGAUGAAAGUCAUUGUUGGAAUUCAAAAGCCAUGCAGCUGAUCAACGAAUCUACCGCACCAGAAACCGUCAUCGAAGUUCUUCAACUUGAAGCGUUGUACUGCUUUCAGACUAAGCACUACGAUAGUGGUACUUUGAUAUCCAGUCAAGCCAUUCAUCGGGCUAGACAUACCUUUGGACACCUGCACCGGCGUUAUGCAGAUACUCUUUAUACCUAUGGUGUCUGCCUGCUGAAAAUGAAUGCCAUUUCCGAUGCCAUUCCAAUUCUGCUGGAAAUGCUGGACAUCAUCACCAAGCUGUAUGGCAAGUACACGCCACACGUUGCGAUCAUCCAGAGCUACUUGGCGUACGGAUUCUAUCAUCGUUCGCAAACGACGGGAAGGUUCGAUAUGGCGUACGAUCACAUCCAGAAGGCCAUUAUGCUGGCCAAGCAAAUCAUGCCGGAGCGCCGGAAGAUCAUCGAACAUUUUGCCGAGGUCCGAAACAUGAUACUGAAGGGACGGGAUGACGUUCUGGUGGCUGUCGGUGAGAUCAGGGCGACACGGUUGAGCGACUUUCAGGUUCUUACCAUUCAGGAGAUCAAGGAUAAGUGUGCGCAGGUGGAUGCUGAGUGA